AUGGCCUCGCCGUGCGCGGCGUGCUCCCGCUGCAGCCUGCACGCCGAGCCCGUGCCGCCCGAGGGCGCCGAGCCCACCGCCAGCGCCACCAUCUCCCUGUGGACCGUGGUGGCCGCCGUGCAGGCCGUGGAGCGGCGCGUCGACGCGCACGCCGCGCGGCUGCUCAACCUGGAGCGGCGCGCCGCCACCGCCGACAAGAAGCACGUGGACUGCGAGAAGACGGUGGUGGAUUUCGGCAACCAGCUGGAGAGCAAGCUGGCCGUGCUGGGCACCCUCAUCCAGGAGUACGGGCGGCUCCAGCGGCGCCUCGAGAGCAUGGAGGAGCUGCUGCGCAACGGGAACCUCUGGGUGCUGCGCCUGCCGCCCGGCGCCAAGGGCGACGGGCCCAAGGUCGCAACGGCAGCUGGGAAUAACACCGCUUCCUUUCUGGAGCAAGAGUGGGAGCGUCUGGAAGAAGAGCAGAAGGAGCUGUACAAGAACAACAUGGUGAAGGGGGACUAUGAGCCUCUCAUCUCUCUGGACUGUGCGAGCUCCAAGCCUGACCCCCUGUGCCAGGCUGAGAAGGGAGGAGCGCCGUGCGGCGGGAGCCAGCGGGACGCUGCGGCGGGAGCCGGCGCAGGGGAUGUGAGCGGGCAGGACGGCGCGGGAGGAGCGCAGCGCCUCAGGGGACACGGCGACUCGAAGGAGGGAGCGAACCCGCUGGCUGAGCCCAGAGCCGGAGAGUGUCACUGCGCAGGAGGUGCCUGGACCACCCUGAAGCAGCAGCUGAGAGGGCACAGCGUGGCGGAGGGCGGCUUGCCGUGCCUCGUGAAGCAGGAGGAGCCGUGUGUGGAGCUGGAUGCGGCUCCGGAGGAAGAGGAAUUCUCCGAGCUCGGUGCGGUGCCGGCGGACGAGGUGCUGGCGUUCAAAAUAGAAGAGGACCCUGAGGAGUGUCCACGGAGCUCAGCGCUGCCCGGCGUUUUCCCCGGGGAAGAGCAGGAGCUCGAGUUCCAGGCUCCCGCCGAGGAGCUGCCCUUCGACGGCCAGUACGGCUGCGUGGUGCAGGAGGACGCCGAGAGGACGAGCGGGCCGCUGCAGCCGGAGCAGGAGGCUGCGGGCGAAGGCGGCAGCAGCCCCGUGUACGGGCCGAGCCCGCAGCCCGGCCCGCGGGAGCCCGGCGAGGCCGCGAGGCACGGCGGCAGGGCCCGAGCUGCCAGCCGCGCGCCGGGCGCCAGCGGCAGCCCCAAGCGCAUGAAAGGCGGCGGUGGCGGCGGCAGCCGCAGGCCCAGCCCCAGGAGCCAGGCGCGGGAGAAGCCCUACAAGUGCAACAAGUGCCAGGAGAGCUUCUCCCAGAAGAAAACCUUGGUCAUCCACCAGCGGGUGCACUCGGGCCGCAGCGGAGGGGUGCUGGGCUGCUCGUACUGUGGGAAGACCUUCAGCCACCCCUCCAACCUGAUCCGGCACCAGCGCAUCCACACCGGGGAGAGGCCGUACCAGUGCGGCGAGUGCUUGAAGCGCUUCACCCAAAAGCAGCACCUGCUGCAGCACCAGAAGAUCCACCUGCGCGAGAGGAGCCGGCUGGGCACGCCGAGCGCGAGGAGGGCUCCGCCGGACACCUCCUAGCUCAGGCUGCGUCCUUGAGACGCGUGUUUGGGGCCGCAAUUCGUGGGAUCAAUGGGGUGAAAAGGUUUGACUCAGGUGAAGCGCCGCUCUGUGCCCCGAGUUUCCCGGCCUGUGCUGGUUCUGGGCCGUGUUUCGUGGGUGAGUCCCCAAAAGGCCCUUGGCACCCAAGCACCCGCACGAGGGCACGCCUUGCUGGUAAGUUCCCAGCUCCCAUGAAUGAUGUUCUCAUUCUCAUGAAUGAAAUGAAUGAUUUUUCAUUCAUUGCUCAGGAAGCCAGCUGGGAAAGCCAGGAUCCAUCCCUUCUUUCUCUAGACUUUGCAGUUGGGUUUAGGUUGUUGUAAAUUGUAAGGGUAGGGGCAGAUCCCGGCGGGAGCCGCUGUGGGAUGCGCAGCAGGGGACACUGCAGACUCGCACUGCGGUCCCAGGGGAAUCUGCCCCAUCCCCUGUCACUCCCCAGCACCCCGAAAGGAGGCGGCAUGGGCAGACUCCUGCCGAUACCUCCGAGGCGAUUCCAGUGCAGCCGCAGGGGAAGCCGCUUGCUGGGGCACGUGGGGCACACGGGCACUCCCGUGCCACGUGUGGGGACCGCAGUUCCUCUGGCAGCUGCCUCUACGUUAACACCUCUCUCCUGCUUAUUUAUUGCUCAUUGCCUUUUCCUCUUUGUGCUGCGGGUGCUCCCUGCGCUGCAGGGCGAGCUGUCCCUCCAGCCACGCAGACCCAGAACACCUCCGAGCAGCUCGGGUUCGCCGGGCACCUGCCCAACGUCCCGCAGCGUUGGGGCUGCUCUUGUUGCCUGACCAGUCACC